CAGUCAUGGCGCACCAAUCCUUCCAUCCCUCUGGGGUCGACAAAUUGGUGCCAGUCUUGCUUGGGAGGAUACGCACCACCGCGUUCAUCGUCAUCAAACUACUGUAAAGACGAACGUAAGGACAGCAGCAGUACAAGCAGUAGCAAAUUCCUAAAAUGGUUUGGAAUCGGUAGCAAUGAGAAGAAAGAUCUGAAACACCGUAGAAUGAGCACAUUCACCUAA